AAUAGAAUACACACCGUAAUUUUGUGUACGUAGCAUUUCUCAUGUAUAAUUCCGGCGGAGCUGAAUAGAAGUGACUUGAUAGAAGCAAAAAGGAGUUUGUCAUUCUCCAUCCUCUGUUCCUCUUGCAAAGCGGAGAGAAAAGCAUGGAAGGCAGAAAAGUAGUAGUUUCAGCUCUGCAAUUCGCUUGCACCGACGACGUCUCUACCAAUGUCUCCACCGCCGAAAGGCUAGUUAGAGCUGCUUCAAAAAAGGGUGCAAACAUAAUCCUCAUUCAGGAAUUGUUUGAGGGUUAUUACUUCUGUCAAGCACAAAGAGAAGAUUUUUUCCAGAGAGCACAGCCUUGCAAGGACCACCCAACAAUCAUAAGGAUGCAGAGACUCGCAGAAGAGUUGGGAGUUGUGAUUCCUGUCAGCUUCUUUGAGGAGGCGAACAACGCACAUUACAACUCGAUAGUCAUUAUUGAUGCUGAUGGGACCAAUCUGGGACUAUAUAGAAAAUCUCAUAUCCCAGAUGGACCUGGUUACCAGGAAAAGUUUUACUUCAAUCCUGGUGAUACUGGCUUUAAGGUAUUUGAAACCAAAUUUGCAAAAAUUGGAGUAGCAAUAUGCUGGGAUCAGUGGUUUCCGGAGGCAGCUCGAGCUAUGGCCCUUCAAGGUGCAGAGAUUUUAUUUUACCCCACUGCUAUAGGUUCUGAACCUCAAGAUCAAGGCCUUGAUUCUCGGGAUCAUUGGAAGAGGGUGAUGCAAGGGCAUGCUGGGGCCAAUGUGGUACCUUUAGUUGCUUCUAACCGCAUAGGAAAAGAGACAAUUCUGACAGAGCAUGGCAAGAGUGAGAUUACAUUCUACGGGAACUCCUUCAUUACAGGACCUACUGGAGAAAUUGUUGCAGAAGCUGACGACAAAGAAGAAGCUGUACUAAUAGCAGAGUUUGAUCUGGAUGUCAUUAAAUUUAAGCGAAAAAGCUGGGGUGUAUUUCGAGAUCGGCGUCCAGAUUUAUACAAGGUGCUUUUGACGUUAGAUGGAAGCAAUCCUGCGGUGUGAUGUAUCCUGCGGCUGUCAUCAGGUCAAGCACACUAUAGAAACUGUUGUUCAAUAGCCAUCUUGGUCAUCAGCUCUUUCUGUGUAAGAUUUGAUUUCUGAAGGUAAGUGUAAUCAUGUCAUGAGUGCAUAACUUUCCAAAUUUUAUCACAUUUAAGCUUUCAGCUUAAGAGAGAACUUCACUGACCUAUGAAAAUGUCACAUGCCAGUUGCAUUUUGUAAUACAAGUCGUUACGAGUCCCCUUCCAAUAUAUUGUGUUACAUUCUUGAA